GUCUACUGUCAUCUGCAAAAGAGCAAUCUUACUAUUCUUGGUUUUAACUAGAGUUCAAAUCGUAGUUUAAUCUCCAGCUUUACCCUAGGCAGUGAAAUUGGGCCCAAGUUAAAAAUAUUUUAUUAAUUAAAAAUUUUCCUUGUCUUUUAUUAUUUUUUUUGUUAGUCUUAAUCUAUAUUUUCUUACGUUCAUUUAAUUCCAUAUAUAAAAUUGAAGAGAUUAAAUAGUUUUGUACUCGGGGCUUUAUAUGCUCAUGCAUUAGCUAGCGUUAAAGUAAUUUUAAGUCUCAUUUCAAGGAAGGUCGUCAAAAAUUUCUGGCAACGCUGUAUUACUAAAUAUGUACAAAUUAACGUAGAAAUACAUAAUUGUAUUUGAUUGUAAAGUAGGGGGAGUCAUUUGUUUAAAGAUUUAUAAUUAAGAAUUAUUUUUAUAUUAUCAUAAUGCUUGUGUUAGUAUUGGGUGAUCUACAUAUACCUCAUCGAUGCAGUAGUUUACCUGCAAAAUUUAAAAAAUUAUUGGUCCCAGGGCGGAUACAACACAUUUUAUGUACUGGUAAUUUAUGUACGAAAGAAUCCUAUGAUUAUUUAAAAACAUUAGCUAGCGAUGUGCAUGUUGUACGAGGCGAUUUUGAUGAUAAUUUAAAUUAUCCUGAGCAAAAAGUAGUAACAGUUGGCCAAUUUAGAAUAGGAUUAUCUCAUGGGCAUCAAGUAGUACCAUGGGGAGAUCCAGAAUCCAUAGCAUUGAUUCAAAGACAAUUAGAUGUAGAUAUUUUAAUAUCGGGCCAUACUCAUAAGUUUGAAGCAUAUGAACAUGAGAAUAAAUUUUAUAUUAAUCCUGGAUCAGCAACAGGAGCAUAUAAUGCAUUAGAAACUUCGAUAACACCAUCCUUUGUAUUAAUGGAUAUACAAAACACAACGGUUGUAACCUAUGUGUACCAAUUAGUUGGAGAAGAUGUUAAAGUUGAGAGGAUCGAAUAUAAGAAAAACUAAUAUUUUAUAUAUUUUUGUAUUAUUUUAUUUAUAUAUUUUUAUGUAAACUGAUUGGUUUUCCCUGUUAAGCAUGCUGUUAUUCCAAAUUAACAGAUCAAUUUAUAAGCUCAAUAUAUUGUAAUUACUUUUUCUUUAUUGCAUAACUUGUUACGAUUCUUUAUAUAUUUAUUAAGGCAUGUUCACAAUGUGGGAAGUAAUACCGUGGUUGCAGUUGUAACUUUAAUUAUUUUCAAAUCAUUUACUUCCCCUAAAAAUGAUCUUACUGAUCCAUGAUUAUUAUUUAGUGCUUAUUUAACUGUGGUUUGUAAAUAUUGUCAAAACAUUUUUUGGUUUACUAUAUUUCUCAUUCAGAAUUUAAAACACAACACAGAUUUAAAAUGUUUUGAACAAAUAUGUUAUAUAGGUGUAAUUUUUCAACAACUAUAUAAUUUACAUUCCAUGUGUAUUCAAUAAAACAUCAAAAUUAAUAUGUUUAUAUUUAUUAUACCAGAAGAUAUUUAUCACAAGUUCUACGCUAUAUAUAUAAUGAUCAAUCAUGCUGAUUCAAAAUCUCAAUCGGCACGAAACCCCAGAACUUCCCCUUAAAGAGUCCAAGGAGAGGUCUGUAACUUGACAGAAUGAUAGUUGGAAGCAAACUGAUAAAAAGUCUCCUUGGACUCGAAACCCCAAAACCUCCUCAAAACUACCCCUGAAGUGUCCGAGGGUACUCUGGAAGGAGGAGAAUUGGUUUCGGCGAAUUUUUUUAAACUUGGUACGAUCAUAAUUCAAAGAAAGCUGUUUUAAAGUCUUAAAUGCCAUAAAGCUCCAAAAUCACAUCCUACUAUCGAAAAUAGCCUAUGAAGUAAAUGUUAUGAUCAGGAAUGUUCAACUUGUUCUUAAGUGACUGGAACUAUUUCAUCUUGCCUUAAUUGACGACCCAUUGAGACUUUUCAUUUGCUUGCUUGAAACUAUCAUUGUGCCAAGUUUUAAAAAAACUGGCCGAAGCUCCUUCUCUAUGAUACCCUUGGAUUCUUCGGAGGUAACAGAGCCCUUAAACUUCAGUUAACUUGGUCGCGUCGAAGCGAGCUGUAUAGCGGCUUUGUCUCAACAUUUUACCUGUUUGGAGUUUAGUUUAAAAUUGAAGGUGUUUAAAAAAAUAUUUCAAAUUUAUAAUCAUUUUAUUAAAAUAAAAAAAAA